AUGGAAGCUUCUAAUAAUAUUUGGAUCAAAUUAUUCAUAUUACUACUGUUUUUAAUAUUGAUUUUCUAUUAUGUAUCACUUCAAACAAAUCAUUAUAGAUUAAAGCAAACAUUUACAAAAUUCUAUGGAACUCUUAAUAGAACUCGAAUAUUAGCAAUAUAUAUUCCACUAUUUAAUACUGUCAUUUCAAAUGGUACAAAUACUACUACGAAAUAUCCCAUUAUUAAUAAUACUACCGUGAAAUAUUCGAUUAUGACUACAACAACUACUACUGGUCUUCCUACUACUAUUGAUCCAGCUGAGUUGCUUGUUGAAAGACCUCCUCCGGCUUCACGUCUUAAUAUUAAAGAUGACAAUGGUACUUUAGCUGUUUUUCUUUUUCAAACAAGGCAUCAUGUUCUGGCCAAUCUUCAAUUAUAUCUUGUUCGAAAACUUGCUAUUAAUUUAAUUACUAUUAAUUUAUUUACUGACGGUAACGCAUCAAAAGAAAUGCGUGAAGUCACUGAUAAACAUCAAGCUGAACUUUUUAGUUUUCCACAUGAGAAACAUCGACCUAAUGCAGGACCAUCUGAAAGAAAUGCGAAUAUUGUCAAUUGGGCUAUAUCUACAAGAGCUAAACGUUAUCUUAGUAAUGGUACUGCUAUUCUUAUACUUGAUGGUGAUGUUUUACCUUUAAGUCAAUUUAAUUCUGCAACAUUAUUAAAUUCUCAUGAUAUAGUUUGUCGAAAACAUCCAGCAGUAUUUGCACGAUUUUGUUGGAUUGGAUUUAUUUGUUUAAGUCCACAAUUAUAUAAUUCAAUUGAUAGUUUUGAUGUAGCACCAACUGCGCGUCAAGGUCGAGCUUAUGAUUCUGGUGGUAAAACAAUUGAAUAUUUAUUAAAAUAUGAAAAUGCAUCAUUUUCAUGGAUGAAAGAAACAAUUUUACUUAAUAUUGAUAAAGAUUUAUUUUGGGGUGCAGUUAAUCAAGAUAUUCAAUGGAUUCAACAAAAUUUUGGUGCAUGUGAUAAAUGUGGACCUGAAAUAUUUUUUUCACCAUUCAAUAAUAGUAAUGUUGUUUUUUAUCAUAUGAUUAGUGGAACUUCAGAAUGGAGAUUUUCACAUCAAAGUUCACGACGACAAUCAAUACAUGAUGCUAUUAUGCAAUCACCUUAUGGACCUAAACAACAAUAUGUAAUAUCUGAUGUGAUUGGUUCUGUAAAAAAGAUACAAAAAAUGGAAUUAAUACCUUUUCAUGGAAAUUUAACAUGUGAAAGAAUAUGUCAAGGUUAA